AGAAGAAAUAUCUUGAAAAGUCGUUUAACACAAAUUCCAUUUCAUUUCCCUGAAUUUUGUGUUGCAGAGAUCUUGCCUCCUUCUCAUUUCCUCACCCUUUUUAACCUUCCUGCUCCCAUUCACUUCCAACCAUCAAACCCUAACCCUAUCGAUUUCUCAAUUUUGAAUCUGAGUGAUGAUGAUGAAUCACACGUCGCCGUUUUGAUAAACCGUAUGUAUGUAUGUUGAUCGAGGUUCCUUAAUCGAUUGCAUGGGUUUACAUAAUGCCUCAGCUUCGUAGUGGAGUUCGACGCGCUCGUGUUGCCGCCGUAGCUCAGAAAGAAUCCAAACCACCGAAGAAAAACGUGGCGGCGAGGGGGAGACCCAGAACUAGAUUGGCGGCGAAGAAAUCGGAGCGUGAGAAUCCGUUGAAACAGUUAUUGAAUCCUCCUCCUGAUACUUACGUUGAACCACCACCACCGACGGUGAACGUUAUAGAACAAGGCGUGGCUGCGAUGGUUGAUGAAAGAGGUGGUGGAUUGAGUGCUAAUAAGGACAAGGCUGUUGCCGUUGCUCCAGAGGAAGAUGCCAACACUCCACCUCUUCCUGAUAAGGUUCAAGUAGGAGGAUCGCCUCUUUACAAGGUAGAGAGGAAACUUGGUAAAGGUGGAUUUGGUCAGGUUUUUGUUGGCCGUCGCGAGCGAGCGAAUGCUCCUGGAGCUAUUGAGGUUGCUCUGAAAUUUGAACAUAGAAACAGUAAAGGUUGCAGCUAUGGCCCUCCUUAUGAGUGGCAAGUAUACAACACCCUUGGUGGUAGUCAUGGAAUACCUAAAGUACACUAUAAAGGAAGACAAGGAGAGUAUUAUGUGAUGGUUAUGGACAUUCUUGGUCCAAGUUUGUGGGAUGUAUGGAAUACCUCAGGCCAAUCGAUGUCUCCUGAAAUGGUCUCGUGUAUAGCUGUUGAGUCCUUAUCGAUACUAGAGAAGUUGCACGCAAAAGGUUAUGUACAUGGAGAUGUAAAACCAGAAAACUUUUUACUAGGUCAACCCAGCACAGCACAGGAGAAGAAGUUGUUUCUUGUUGACCUUGGAUUAGCAACAAAGUGGAAAGAUUCCUCAAGUGGAAAGCAUACUGAAUAUGAUCAACGCCCUGACAUGUUUAGAGGGACUGUUCGAUACGCUAGCGUUCAUGCCCAUUUGGGAAGAACUGCCAGUAGAAGGGAUGAUCUUGAAUCACUUGCAUACACACUAAUCUUUCUUCACAGGGGCCGAUUACCAUGGCAAGGUUUUCAGGGUGAUGGCAAAUCCUUCCUCGUUUGCAAAAAGAAAAUGGGAACAUCUCCUGAGAUGCUGUGCUGCUUUUGCCCCGCUCCCUUUAAGCUAUUUCUCGAGACUGUGGUGAACAUGAAAUUUGACGAAGAACCCAACUAUUCGAAGCUAAUAUCCUUGUUUGAUGGUAUGCUCGGACCCAAUCCUGCGUUGCGACCAAUUAAUACUGAAGGCGCUCAAAAAGUUGGGCAAAAGCGGGGUAGAUUGAAUGCUGAUGCAGAUGAUGAUUCACAGCCCAAAAAGAAGGUCCGUUCAGGGAUUCCUGCUUCACAAUGGAUUUCAGUUUACAAUGCUAGACUACCGAUGAAACAAAGGUAUCAUUACAAUGUGGCUGAUGGAAGAUUAGCACAACAUAUUGAGAGAGGGAUUGCUGAUGACCUUCUUAUUAGUUGUGUAUCAUGUUGUUCAAAUCUAUGGGCACUUAUCAUGGAUGCUGGAACUAAUUAUUCCGCUCAAGUUUACAAAUUGUCGCCAUUAUUUUUACACAAGGAGUGGAUCUUGGAACAAUGGGAUAAGAACUACUACAUCACUUCCGUUGCAGGGGCCAGUAAUGGCAGCUCUGUUGUGGUCAUGUCAAAAGGUACGCGGUAUACGCAACAAUCAUACAAAGUAAGUGAAUCUUUCCCCUACAAAUGGAUAAACAAGAAGUGGAAAGAAGGUUUUCAUGUCACCUCAAUGGGUACUGCUGGAAGUCGCUGGGGUAUAGUUAUGUCUCGCAAUGCUGGAUUCAGUGAUCAGGUGGUGGAACUUGAUUUUCUCUAUCCAAGUGAAGGCAUCCAUAAACGUUGGGAUAAUGGUUAUAGGAUUACAGCAACUGCAGCUACAUUGGAUCAAUCUGCGCUUAUAUUAAGUAUCCCGAGGAACAGGCCUGGUGAUGAAACUCAGGAAACUCUGCGUACAUCUCAAUUUCCCAGCGCUCAUGUUAAGGAAAAAUGGUCAAAAAACCUUUAUCUUGCCCAUUUGUGCUAUGGGCGCACAGUAGGCUGAUUUCCCAUACCAUCAGAAAUUAAUUGACAAAAGAAUUAUGGAUUGUCUGCUGCGUUUAUCAUAUAACAUCUUUUUGUAGGGACUGAUAAUUGUGCCAGCAGAGAACCAUAUUUGUUCUCUGUUGUAUAGCUUAUUAUUCUGUUCUCUGCCCUUUUAUUGUAUGCUUUAUUACUUUGGUAUUGGAAUUUGGCAGAGUAAUGUAUGUGGUUUUAGCUUUAUACAUGUUUCAUUGAAUUGAAUAUGUGUAUACCAACCGAUUUUAUCAUUU